AUGCUGGCUUCGGCCUACGUGAACGCCAAUUCCUCCUGCAGACAGCUCGAGCAGGAGCUCGAGCUGCUCGGCGAAGCUGCCGACAGCAUCGACAACAGCGAUGCCGACUCCGACGACACCUCCGAGAACUCCUCCGGGGAAUCCGGGGAGCCGGAGAAACCGCACCUCCGCAUGCCCGUCCAAAUGGACAUGGACGAUUUGGUGGCGUCGUUGCUCGAGAAGAACCAGAAGUCGAAGAUGAACUGCAUCGUGGAGAAGAAGAAGGCGGAGGAGUUCGUUGAUCAUCAGCCGAAGACGAUAAGGCUGCCGUUCGGGGUUAAUAUUACCACGAAUCCGAGGUUCGAGAAGAUCAGCGGUGAGAGGAUGGUGAUCGUGUGCGAGAGCGGGUCGAUGCAAAGAGCCGAACCGCCGCGUCAAUCCCGACCGGAACAGGAAGACUCUGAGGAAGACAUCGAUGGCCACGACGAGCAACAGGACACCAUCAUGAUCCAGCCGGUGAUGAUCCCGAUUCCGCAAUCGCCGUUCCGCACCCACAUGCCCCAACAGCAGAUGCCCAUGGUGCAGAUGGUGCAUCAACAGAUGGCGCCCGAUGGCCGCCCUAUGAAUCUGCCCGCCCACCUGUUGGCCAUCGAGGGUAUGCGGCCGCCCGCGUCACCGGUGAUGCCACCACAGUUGAUGGAAGAACCUCAGAUGCAAGUCCAUCAGCUGCCUCCUCAGAUGCCUCCUCAGAUGCCACCUCAGAUGCCACCACAGAUGCAACAGUCAAUCAUCGCGCAAAAGAUCAUAGAGAGCCAGAGGGCCCGCGAGAUGCAGAUGAGGGAGGAGCAACAGCAACAACAGCAGCAGCCGCAGCAGCAGCAGCAACAACAGCCGCAGGUCGAGCUCGAAGAGGAGCGUCCGCACAGGUUCCAGAUGCCCGACGGUCAGGUGGCACAGAACAUGAUGGGCCAGAGGAUUCCCAUUCCCGAAGAGGUGUUGACGCAAUUGAACAGGAUAUUCCAGGAACGAUGCAAACUAUUCCAGGAAGAAUGCAAACUAUUCCAGAUGUCUCAAAAUCUCAAAGCGAGUUUGUGCUAG